UUUAAAGAACAUUACCGAUAUAUUCCUCGUACCAUAAUUUUUGAGUCACCCUGUACACAAAUUCAAACUACUUCCACUAUUUAGUACCAUUUAGUACUUCCACCUACUAUUUUUCUAUCGAAGAUAAAAAAAUCAAACAAUAUUGACCUUCAAGAUUCUAAGAACACACACGUUCCAAGGAUGUCACUUCGCCAACCACACCUUCGAGACUCAAUAGUUGCCGAUAACGUCUUUUUGUCACCUGAAAUCGGAAGACUCUUAUCAAUGAGUGUCCCUGAUUGCUUCCGCACGGAAGCAUCAAUUCAAGAUCACAUCCGUCACGCCCAUUUUUCGCAGGUUAUAAGGACAAGAACGUCGAUCAUUUUUAGCCAGUUUCUUAUCACAACGAAUAUCAUUCGUUCCAUCACAAUUUCACAUCCGUCCAUUAAACCGUUUCGAAACGUUUGGAAUUGUUCUUGGGAUCAUGGUUAAGAUGUUCUUCGUAUUAUUGAUAUUUGCUUUCAUAACUUUGACGUCCACGCGUCCAUUUCGGCGGCCAGGUGCCAUAAAUAGCGAGAUCCAUGACAUUAAUAACUUGAGUGGUCAUCUCGAACACCUUGAAGAUUUUUUGUACGGUCUACCUGACGGCGAAACUGGAAGAAGAGUAGCAGAAUGGAAUGAGAACGUGACUGGCAACCCGGAAGAGUUGGGUUCCUAUGCGGAGGGUGACAUUUUGUUUCCGAUGGGAACCGGAAGGAACGGUCUGAGAGCGAGUUCCGCAAGAUGGCCGAAUGGCGUCGUGCCAUAUGUUAUUAGUCCGUAUUUCGACGCUGAUCAGCGAAGAUUGAUUUACGAGGCAAUGAACGAUUACCAUAAGUACACGUGUAUCAGAUUUAAGCCGUACCAUGGGGUGGAGACUGAUUACAUCAGGUUCACCGCUGGUAAUAGUGGUUGCUGGAGCAGUGUGGGAAGAGUUGGUGGUUGGCAAAACGUGAAUCUUCAAGUUCCUGCCUGUGUAACGAGAAAGGGUACCGUGAUUCACGAACUGAUGCACGCUAUAGGGUUUUUGCACGAGCAGAGCAGAUUCGAGAGGGAUCAGUUCGUCUCCAUACAAUGGAACAAUAUUCUACACGGUCAUGAUAACAAUUUCCAAAAGGCUUCGAAAGAAACCACAGACGACUUCGGUGUUGGUUACGAUUACAAUAGCGUGAUGCAUUAUUCAUCGUAUGCAUUUUCGAAAAAUGGAAAACCGACUAUAUUACCGAGAACUCCAAAUGGUUAUUUCAGUGACGCUGAUAAAUAUUUCCAAGACAACGUCAGUAUUAAACUGGGUCAACGAGAAGGUUUCAGCAAGAGAGAUAUUCAAAAAAUCAGGAGAAUGUAUAAAUGCAACAGAUAUGGUUGAUUUUAUUUUCGAUUAAAAUUUUUUUAAAUUCUGUUACCUGGAACUA